AUGAAAAUAUGUUGAUCCUUGGGACAUAUUAAAAUGCCGUUGUUAGAUGAGUAUAAAGGGCUCCUGGAUGGAGACAAAUCUUUAAGGGGAAUUAUUUCAAUCAUAUCGUUUUUCCAAAAACUCUUGUUGAUUUGACAAUUUUCCCAAGUAAAUUAUGAUAGAAUGUGCUGAAAAAGCUUUUUAAAUAUCUUUAUAAGAAUAAAUUCAAUUUAG